UGGACCUUCUCUUCUAGGCGUUUGGAACUGGCCGGUCAGCUGAGGCAGUGGCACCUGAAAGUUAUAGAGAUAGUGAAGCGGGGACAGCAUCGCAAGUCCCUGGAUAAACUGUUUCAAGGCUUUAAACCUGCUGUGGAGUCCUGCUAUUUCAACUGGGAGGUGGCCUACCCAUUGGAUGGCAUUACCUACUGCAGUGCAGAUAAGAAGAGUGCCACGUUCUGCUGGUCCAGGGCAAUGCUGCACCAGAGAGGAAUGAAGUCGCCUGCAGGAGGUGGUGUUGACUCCUCUGAAUCAGGGGCCAGAGCUGAAGGUGGACCGGCAGGAGAGUAUAAAGGCAGGGCAAGUAGUAACUCCACACAACAGGAGGUAGCAGUGCGACCUAAGGAGACCAUUCUGACCAAGAGGAAGGGUCUGUCAGUGAGUGGAGGUGGAGGGAUGCUUGUUCGACUGGGAGGGAGUGUCUCACUAUCCCUGGAAGAUGGAGGAGGAAAGUGCAUGUACAAAGGCCCGGGUUCCUCCUCUGGAGGAAAGUUGAAACUGACUCAGGGAGGUGGGAAGGGGACGACUGGAGGAGGACCUGGCGGUGGUGGAGGAUUAGGAAGUAGUAAGCAUACAAGUGCCAAACGCAGAACUAGUAGUGAAGAUAGCUCCUUGGAGCCAGACUUGGCUGAGCUCAGUCUGGAUGACGGCUGCAAUCUGGCUUUGGGGGCUGAGGCUAGCAACACUUUCGAGUUUCUCCCACCACCACCAGAGAUGUUGCCCUCUCCGAGUCCACUGCUCCGAGAUUCACGGAAGUGCAACAGUGGAGGGAGCAAGAUUUUUGAAACCAAGCACAGCAGCCGUGACUCUGCAGCAGUUGCUGCUGCAGAGCCUGCUCCACCUUGUUUCCCUUUGAAAGAGAAUGGAGUGAUAGUUGUGGGCGUGCCCAGCACAGCGGAAAAGGAAGCCGAGGUGGAGCCAGCACUUAACAGAGAUGAAGAUGUAGAUUCAGCUGGUAGUAACCAGCCUUUAAUUUCAGCAGCUACAGUGAAUUCAGGCACCCCUCAAACAUCUGCUAAGCCAGUGCUAGGCU